UACCUCGGAUAAGUUCAAAGAAUUCUUACAGGCCGAAUUAAUUAACCAUGUACUUGUCGCUGUGAGUACUCCGAGAGCUAACGGACAGGUCGAGCGUUACAAUCGAGUUAUAGUGCCCAUGUUAGCUAAACUAAGCGAAGCACCUUCGAAAUGGGAUCGCAUUUUAGCCGAAGCCGAGUAUUCUUUAAAUAAUACAUUUUGUCGAACCACCGGUGAGACACCUUCGCGUUUAUUAUUUGGUGUCGAACAAAGAGGAAAACCUAACGAUGUUUUGCGCGAAUUCCUCAAUAAUAAUGUCGAUCACGAACGGGAUCUCGAGGCAAUGCGAGACAGAGCACACGUAAAUAUUGAGGAUUCGCAACAGCGGAGCACGGAACGUUACAAUUUGAGACGGAGAACCGCUCGCGAAUAUGGGGUCGGCGAUUAUGUUGACAUCCGUAACGUUGAAACGAUGCCGGGAAUAAAUAAAAAACUGAUACCUAAAUUUAAAGGGCCAUACGCGGUACGAAAAGUUUUAGAUAAUGACCGAUAUGUAAUCUCAGAUGUCGACGGAUUUCAAUUGACGCAACGACCUUAUAAUGGUAUAGUGGCACCGGAUCAAAUGCGUCCUUAUAUUAAGUCGUGAGAAUUAUAUUGUAAGAAUUUCGACGGCAAUGUAAUAAAUUCAAAUAACG